GUGUCUGAGCACUAGUGGGUAAUGCUACCCUAAAUAACUUGAACUUCCACUGGCUGGCUUUUGUUCAUAAAAUGCUAAUCCUUUCAGAUGCAGAUCUAUAUAAAACAUCGGGGAUUAAAAGGUACACGGAAAUCUCAGAUCUCUUCAGCUACAUAAGUACCUGGCAGAGCCAAGAUUCAAACGCAGGCUCCUCACCACAGCCAGACUUCCGCACUGGAGAAGCUCUGUGGCCUCAUAAGCCACCAGACUGCUGUCUUUUGGAGGGAACUUCCUGGAGUUGUGGGGAAGUUGCAAAGAAGGAGCAAGUAAGUAUCUUCAAGAAAAAACACUUCUGUGAAGCACAGACUGGUAGAGCACUGUUGGCUGGUUUGGGGAUAAAUAUUUGCUUAUUUGAUUCUAGAGCCAAUGACAAUGUUGAGUUACUUUCACAGCAAUCCGUUUGUUUGGAAUCCAUUACUGUGGCGGACAUGCAGCUUCUCCAAGUGUGGGAUGGGAUUACAUUAGUGGCAGGGGCUGGCAUUCUUUCUUGCAUAUUGUUUGCUCACUGGAGUAAGCCAAUGCCGGAAUGGCUGGCUUUCCCAUUGGUUUUUCGCUCAGCAGGUUAGUCACAGUGCGACUUGGUGUGGCUAGUUGUUACCCACAGUUGGCUGAAACAAUAUGAUGGGGCAACUCGUGUGUGUGAAAAAUAAACUCAAUGGUAAACACAAACAAGAAAACCCACUUAGAGUUUGUAGGAAAGACUAGAAAAUGUCACUGUAAAUGUUAUAAGUAAUUUCAGGGCAAACUAGGUCAGGAAACCCAGGGCUGAAGCAACACAACGAAAGCUGUGUUUCGCCUUGAGAUCAGGGAGGCUGAUUCUGCAGCUGGAGCUCCUGGGUUUGACUCCUGGUUCUGUCCCUGGCCAGCUGGGGGCUCUUGGGCUGCUUUUAAACCUCUCUGUGCCUGAAUAUCACUCAUCUGAGAAGAGGCAUAAUAACGGCAUCUACUUUACAGGAUUUGUUGUGAGGAUUAGAUGAAUCCAUCCAUGUAAAGCACUAGAAUGGUGCUUGGCAACAGUCUAAGUCCGUCCUGCAGCAGUGUCAGGUGUCGUUAUUUUGAUUCUGAUCAAAGAUCCCAACAGCUAGGUCCCCUUUUUCUGAAUCACGGAGUUUUCCUGUGCUCUGCUAAUCACCUUUGCUCUCUUGUUUUUCGCCCCAGCCCUGGGAGUUAGGCAGAUAUUAUUAUCCCCUUUUGGCUGAUGAUGAAAUGGCAAGGCGGGAUUAAGUGAAUGCAAAGUGUUGGAGAAGGGAGCCAAAGCAGGCUUCUGGCUCUCAGCCCCCAGAGCUUUCUACUAUCUUGCAAGAAAGCCUCAGAUGAAAAGGGAGAGCCCUGUGUUUGCUCCAAGUCCUGGCUUCUCAUCCAUGAUGUCAUUUACUCCUUAAUCCACAAGAUGCUAUAGGUGAUAAGCUGAACCUUUUAGAGCCUUCUGGGAAAGUCAAACAGCCUGGGGCUGCUAAGCAACUUGAGUCUUGUCCAGUUUUCUCCUCUCCAGCCGCUCUGCUUAUGGACAUGUGUCUGAGCUCCGAGCAGCGGCCCAAGCACUUGGUGGAAGGACCAAGCUCUCCAGAUGGCUGGUUAGAGGCCGAGAAGGAAAAGACUCUCCAGAAAGAUGGCGCCAGUGGACCCUCAGGAGAUUUUAACAAGAUAGAGCCAUCUCUUCAUAGCCUCCAGGAAUUUGUGCCUACAAAUUAUGCCAGCUACACUCAGGAGAAUUACCUGUUUGCAGGCAAGGAGAUUGUCAUGCAAGAAUCCAUAGAGAGCUAUGGAGCGGUGGUGUGGCCAGGGGCGAUGGCUUUGUGUCAGUAUUUGGAGAAACAUACAGAGGAAUUGAAUCUCCAAGAUGCUAAAAUACUUGAAAUUGGUGCUGGACCAGGCCUUGUUUCCACUGUGGCCAGUAUUUUAGGAGCUCAAGUCACAGCAACGGAUAUGCCUGAUGUCCUAGGAAACCUCCAAUACAACCUUUUAAGGAACACACUGAACUGUACCACACAUCUGCCUGAAGUGAGGGAGCUGGUAUGGGGAGAAGGCCUGGAACAGAACUUCCCCAAGUCAACUUUUUAUUAUGAUUAUAUUCUGGCCUCGGAUGUGGUCUAUCACCAUUACUUCCUGGACAAGCUGCUCACCACCAUGGAAUACCUCUGCCAGCCAGGGACGGUGUUGCUUUGGGCAAACAAGUUCAGAUUCAGUGCUGAUUAUGAAUUUUUAGAAAAAUUCAAGCAAGUUUUUGAUACAACAUUCUUGGCUGAAUUUCCAGAGUCAACAGUUAAAAUUUUUAAAGGAACACGAAAGUGGGAUUAAAUUAAACAAAAUGUCUUUUCAAAAAACUAGUGUGUCUUUUGAGUAGAGUUAGAGAAUGUAUUGUCAGUAAAACACUUCUUUUAUAUAUAUGAGUGAGAAGAUAGUGCAUAAAAACAACUUGUACACCUAGAAUAAACAGAACUUAGUUUCAUA